UAAAUAUUACUUGAUCUAUGAUCUACAGGUGUCUGGCCAAUGCAGACUGGGAUUUAUGGGUACAAUUUGGUUUCAGUAUUCAUCAUUGUGGAUUCAGUAUAAAUGCAUAAACAUUAUGCAGAUGGGAAAUAAUACAGGCAGUGAUUAUAUUAACGUCUUGAAGAUGUCAUCUACAAACAAUACUGAGCUCAACCUAGAGAAAUCUGAGCUCAUCUGAGCGAGGUUGUUUGUGCAACAUGGCUGAUGAAAAUCCAAUGUAUGACUAUAACACUGAUUAUGAAGAUGAGAUGUGCAGUAAAGAAGAGGUGGUGAAGGUCGGAUCAGUUCUUAUACCGAUCUUUUUUACGCUAGUGGUUGUGCUGAGCUGCUUCGGUAACAUCUUGGUUCUCAUAAUCCUUGCGAUCUAUGAGAAAUUAAGAAAGUCGGCUAACAUCCUCAUCUUCAAUCUCGCUCUGUCAAACCUCCUCUUCACUUUUGGACUUCCAUUUUGGGCCUCCUACUACAUCCGAGGAUGGACAUUGGAAGAUGUCGGCUGCAAAGCGGUGAAGUUUUUGUUCUACGCUGGAUUUUAUAGCAGUGUGUUUUUCUUAACUCUUAUGACCGUUCAGCGUUACAUGGUUGUUGUUCAUCCUCUCUCUGAUUGGGAGAGAUGCAGAGCGUUUUCAGUCGCACCCUUCAUCGUAUGGAUCCUGAGUGGAGGAGCGGCCCUGCUCGGGUCACAUCGUAGCAAAGUUAUACAAGAACAAAACAACAAAUACUGUGAAUAUGACAGCGUUCAAGUUAAACUUCUCAUUAUUUAUCUACAAAAUGCUUUUUUCUUCUGUGCAUUUCUCAUAAUGGGUUCAUGCUAUUUAAGAACGCAACAAACGAUGAUAAAACCUCAGACCAAAAUGAAACACAAGACCGUUCGACUAAUAUUUUGUAUUUCGCUUGUGUUUUUUAUUGGUUGGGCUCCGUAUAACAUUGUAAUGUUUCUGAGAUCUUUGACCGAACUUGGUUUAUACCCAUUCACAGACUGUAACGUAAGCAUUAAUCUUGACUAUACAUUUUAUGCUUGCAGAUUGUUAGCGUUUUCGCACUGUUGCCUGAACCCGGCUUUUUAUAUUUUUGGAGAUGGAACAUUUCAGAAACAUUCAAGGGCAAUUCUGAAAAGGAUUUUUCAUAAAUAGAUGAAUAAUGUGCUCAAAUUCAUGCAAGCCUUGAACAGAAAAAUGAAAGGAAUGAAAUUUUGUGCCUCACUGAACUUUGGUGCUAUACAUUGAAAUAUAUUUAAACAUACACAUUAGCUACUAAAAUAAGUAAUACAUAUACAACUAACAGUACCUUUAUACUUUGGGUUAAUAUUCAUAUUUAGAUCUAUAAAUAUUAUUCUUGAUAUGAGGAUAUGCAAUUGCAUUAAUCGAUAAGAAUAGUCCAAGUGUCAUCAGUGUAGCAGCAGUAGGAAAAUCUGGAUGUUUUUGUAUGUCUAUGUGUAUACAGUUGAGAAAAGGAUAGGGCCAAGCACCGACACCUGUGGGACCCCAUAAUUAGUUGAUGUGACUUUGACACAUCUCCCCUGCAAUAUGCACUAAAAGGAUGAGGCAGAAAUUAAACAAUCAAUUGCAAACGAUCAUUACUGUAAAAUAAACCACAUCAACUGUAGAUGGAAUAUGUGUGUGUGCAGGUGUACUUAUUUUGACAUCUUUUAUGUGACAAAAAGUCUUUCCGCGUGGUCUUUGUGGACGGAUGCAUGACAUCUUUGACCUACAUAUAAACAGGAAAACAGAUGUAGUAUAUAAUAAUUUGCUUGUUAAGCAAAAUUGUGUUCUUAGAUGUGAUCGGUUUGAUGUUUCAUUUAAGUUCAGAAAUAUUAUUCAAAGAUUUAAAGUGUGAAAUAAAUCUCCAAAUGUUUGUUGUUUUUGAUGACAUUGAACAAAUUUAAAAUGUACAAAUAAAAUUAUUUUGAGUACUGCAAAACAGUGAAAUUCCAUUGACUGGCAACUACCCUAAAAUGUGAUACUUGGAAAGCCACAGCUGCUGUAAUAGUGAAAGUGACACUUUCGUUUCAUAUUAACUGGUAUGUGCGUAAAGAAAAGAGGAACGGCUGGGGUUUGAGGGCGGUAACCUUACAUAUGAAUAAUACAAAUAACCCAAGCAUCACCUAACUAGCGAAUGACCUCUCUUUAAGAUCAAACCUCCGAUUUCCACAGACAACAUCUGGUUGU